CUGAAAUCGCGCGUGUCCACCGCCAAUACUCGAGUCACGGUGAGCCACAGCCUCGUGCCUGAAAUUAAACGACGAUAUUUUCCAGAACGACGUGCCCCGUGCUUUUUUUCCCCUAAUCGUGGAACGUACAGUGAUUCUUUUCCCACGGAAAAGUCGCAGUUUCGACCCGUGUGCUCGCGGAACGGUGUCACGUUUCAUCGACGAAAGAAGUUUCUAUCCACCGGCGACGACUAAAGGGCAGCCGACAUACGGAACGUUUAUCAAGAGAUAGAGCAAAAUGGGUUACGGGACGGAGAUGGACGGCUGUGGCCGCUGUAUGAAGUACUCCCUGUUCUUCGUCAACUUCGUGAUCUUCUUUGGUGGAGUUGCCAUAGUUGGAUUGGCGGUGUGGGCCCUGUUGGACAAGGUGCCAUGGAUAGGUGAACUCGUGGGAAACGAUCUGUUAACAGGUGCGAUUUACGUUCUCCUGGCCGGUGGAGUGAUCGUCGCUAUCAUCUCGUUCUUCGGUUGCAUCGGUGCGUCACGGGAAGUCAAGUGCAUGCUUCUCACGUACUUCAUCAUCGUGUUCCUGUUGUUCGUGACGAUGCUAAUUGGCGGUGUCCUCGCGUACGUGUUCCGUGAGAAAUUGGUGAACACUCUCCAGAGGGAAAUGUCGAGUUCGAUGAGAGUUUACGAUAGUCGCAAAGCAGUCAGGGAGGCCUGGGACACGACCCAAUCCACGCUGCACUGCUGCGGUGUUAACGGCUGGAGAGACUGGGGUGAUCUGGGACUGAACGUCCCUCAGAGUUGCUGUCGCGAAAUCCAACCUGGCCAGCGAUUCAACUGCAACGCUGGGCCAGACACAGUGAAUCCCUCGAAUGCCUACCUCGUCGGGUGCAUCAAUGGAACGCAGAUUUACAUGCAAGGACACGCGACGAAGAUGGGUGCCGCCGGAAUCGCAGUCGCAUGUCUGAUGUUCUUCGGCAUGAUAUUCUCGUGCGCGCUCUUCAAGAUGAUAGAAUGACGCGGUCGUCGCGUAAUUUAAAAACCCUUGGUUCUUCGCGUCGAGCUAAUGAAGAGCAAAAGUGGAUGACAGCCGUCCUCGAGCGACUCGCAUGAAUUCAUAAUCAACGUCAUCGUCAUUUGAGCGUAUCCAGCUGAAGUAUCGAGAAUCAAAAUGCAUCUCCACGCGCAUCUAACUUUCCAAUGUACAGUCUUCGUCAUUUUGUUACAUUUAGCUUUAUCGUACAUUUAUUUACCCGUUUCGUUCUUUUUCAAUCUCUUUCCUUUCUCCUUUAUUUUUUCUUUCUUUGUAAUGUAUAGCGAUACGUUAAGCAUUCUCGUUUAAUUCUACGUUGUACUAUACUAUUAUAUAUAAUUUUUAUGGCAAAACACACACACACACACACACACACACAUUCUGUACCUUGUACGCGUAAUAAAUACGAACGUGUAUAAAAGUA